AUGGCGCCGGCGCUCGGGGCCACAAAAUUCGGCCUUCUUCUUUUUAUUGCUGUGAUUUUCACGACGGCUACCAACGCUCUUCCGGAUAAACGACAAAGUUUGGAUAGGGAUGAGUAUGAAGAUGUCCCCGACCAACCAUUCCCUGGAAAAAUUGAAAUAAUGCCAAUAGUUCAACGUGACACCAAACACAGAGGAGUAUCAGAAGCCGUUCAAGAAAUCAUCCGAGAGCUGCCAAACGAUGAACAAUACGAAAGGAUCGGAAAAAUGCUGAACAACUCGUAUGACGCAUUGAAUAAAGAUGUUGCCGAGGGAAAAACUGCAAUCCGCCAAAAAAUGGUAAUGGCUGGGGAACGAACGAAUGCUGCAAUCAAGCACGCUGCUGUGAUCAUUGCUAUGAUGGGUAUUCCGAUAAUUGCUCUCAUUUAA